AUGUGCGGGAAGUUCCACACCCCGCACCACUAUUUCUCUCGCCUAGACGACGCCUGGCGUCAGGAGAUGGGCGAUGAUUAUGAGCGGCCCCGCUGGGCUGCACUGCUUAACUCUGGUGUUGAUAUCUUUGCUCUAGACUUUGAUGCUAUCAUUGCUGGAAUGUAUGCUCUGUCUACUAGUGUUGAGGGUGACUGCUACUUGUGUGCGCCGUAUGACCCCGGUAUAGAGGCUGCUGCUCUAGGUGCUAGUGAGUCUGCUCCCUCUGGUACUGCGCCUGCUGAGGCCUUGCACACCUUCACACUUGACUCAGACUCUCCUCUGGCACCACAGGCUUGGUCACCCCUCUCUGCCACGCCUUCGUGGUAUGCACUCGCGUCUUCUGGUCUCUGGUCUUCCCUCCCACCCUCGCCUGCCCCGCCCUGCAUUCCUUGCGUCGAGGGGCGGCAGCGCGCCGCUCCUCACUCCUCCUCGUUUCCCCCGACGAUUGCUCCCCUGCAGACUCUCCACAUGGACGUGUGGGGCCCAACCCGCGUCCAGGGAGUGAGCCGCGAGCGAUACUUUCUGCUGGUUGUCGACGACUACUCGCGUUACACCACGGUCUUCCCCUUGCGCCGCAAGGGUGAGGUCCCUGUUGUCUUGAUCCGUUGGAUCCGAGCUGCCCAUCUCCAGCUGCGCGAACCUUGGUUCCGUUGGUUCCGCACGGACCUUCCUGUCCUGCGUUUGCACUCUGACAGGGGUGGUGAGUUCUCCUCUGGCCUCUUGAGGUCGUUUUGUGACACGGAGGGCAUUCACCAGUCGUUCACGCUUCCGGCCUCUCCGCAACAAAAUGGGAUUGCUGAGCGCCGCAUUGGCUUAGUCAUGGAGGUCGCUCGUACCUCCAUGAUCCAUGCGGCUGCUCCCCAUUUUCUGUGGCCGUUUGCGGUCCGAUACGCUGCGCAUCAGCUCAACCUCUGGCCCCGUGUCUCCUUGCCGGAGACCUCGCCCACACUGCGUUGGACGGGGGAGGUUGGCGAUGCGUCGCGUUUUCGGGUCUGGGGUUCCUGUGCCUUUGUCCGCGAUUCCACCGCGGGCAAGCUCUCCUCUCGCGCCAUUCCCUGCGUCUUCCUUGGCUUUCCCCCUGACGUGCCUGGUUGGCAGUUUUACCACCCCACCGCGCACCAUGUCUUCGCGUCCCAGGACGUCACCUUUGACGAGUCGGUUCCCUUCUACCGUCUCUUCCCCCACCGCACUACCUCUCUCCCCCCUCCGCCGCUCUUCCUCGCUCCAGGUCCCCCUCCAGUAGACCCCCUCCCCCCUCAGGGUCCUGCUCCUUCAGGUGUGUCUCAGGUAGACCCUCCUCCCUUGGCUGAGCCAGUUGAGGUCACUGGUGACUCAGGUGCUGCUGGGGGUGGUCCCGCUCGAGGUACUGAGUCUGGGGGUGCUGAGCCUUGGGACGCUGAGCCUGGGGGUGUUGAGCCUGGGGGUGCUGAGCCUGGGAGUGCUGAGCCUGGGGGUGCUGAGCCUGGCGGUGCGGAGCCUGAGGGUGCUGCGUUUGAGGGUGCUGGGUCUGGUGUUGCUGAGCCUGGGGGUGCUGCUUCUGCGAGAGCUGAGGCUGGGGGUCCCGAGCCUGGGGGUGCUGCUUUUGGGGGUGCUGAGCCUGGGUGUGCUGCCUCUGAGAGAGCUGGACCUGGGGGUGCUGAGCCUGGUGGAGCUGGGUCCCUUGGUCGUCCUCCUAGUGUUUCACCUCAGCGGUCUCCCCAGCGGGAGCCCCUCUCACCACAGCAGCUACGCGAGUGGCUCGCUCAGCGCACUCGCCUUCGGCGCGACGCUGCUAGAGCUGGGGACACCGUAGUUGGAGUUACUGGACCUGGAGUCGCUGGAGCUGGAGGUUCUGGAGCUGGAGACGCUGCCGCUGGAGGUUCUAGAGCUGGGGGUUCUGGAGCUGGAGACGCUGCCACUGGAGGCGCUGGAGCUGGAGGUUCUAGAGCUGGAGACGCUGCCGCUGGAGGUGCUGGAGCUGGAGGUGCAACUGGUGCUGGAAAUUCUGCCGCUGCUGGAGCUGGUGGUGCUGGUCGUUCGAGCACUGCUGGUCCCGGAGGUGCUCGCACUUCGGGUGCUCGAGCUGCCAGUGCUGGUAGUGCUGCGGACCCUGGAGCUGGUGUUUCUUCCCAGCCGUGCCUGUUCUUUGCUCCACCGUCGCCUACGUCCCUGCCGCCACCUGACUCUGUGCUUCGCCAGGUUCUUACCCUUCCGUCUUCUACUAGCCUCCCGCAGGAGGACCUUGAGUGUCUUGUCGCCGCUUUGCCUCAUCUCGUGGCCAUGCUGCUUGCCCCUAAGGGAGACCCGGAUGCACUGGACAUCCCGAACCCGCGCUCUUACGCAGAGGCGAUAGAGGGUCCCUACUCCUCUCAGUGGCAGACAGCCAUGGACGCAAAGAUGGCAUCCUGGAAGUCCACAGGCACUUACGUUGACGAGGUUCCCCCUCCUGGGGCGAACAUUGUCGAUGGCAUGUGGAUUUUCAGGGUGAAGCGGCCGCCGGGUUCUCCGCCUGUCUUCAAGGCUCGUUACGUCGCACGAGGCUUCAGUCAGCAACAGGGAGCUGACUUCUUCCAGACCUUCUCCCCCAACCCGAAGAUGACCACUCUUCGGGUACUGCUGCACGUUGCCGCUCAGCGUGACUACGAGCUUCACUCUCUUGACUUCAGCACAGCUUUCUUGCAGGGCAGUCUGCACGAGGAGAUCUGGCUGCGCCGCCCACCUGGCUUCACUGGGUCGUUCCCUCCUGGUACCCAGUGGAGCCUCUGCCGGCCAGUCUACACUGACCCGUCGCUGUUUCUGCGCACCGACACCUCGCUGCCGCCGUUCUACAUCCCCGUGUACGUCGACGACUUGGUCUUUGCCACUGCUGACACUGAGGCACUCGCCCUUGUGAAGUCGGAGCUGCAGAAGAGACACACGUGCACAGACCUGGGUGAGCUACGCAGUUACCUUGGCUUGCAGAUCACCCGGGACAGAGCUCGCCGCACCAUCACCUUGACUCAGUCACACAUGGUGCAACAGAUCCUACUGCGCUUCGGCUUCACUUGGUCCUCGCCGCAGUCCACUCCUAUGGCUACGGGUCACUCGCUCUCAGCUCUGCCUUCGGAUGAGUCCGUAGUGUUGAGUGGCCCGUAUCCAAAGCUUGUGGGCUGCCUCAUGUACCUGAUGACCUGCUCUCGACCUGACCUUGCGUACCCUCUUAGCAUCCUAGCUCGCUACGUUGCGCCCGGGAGACACCGGCGAGAGCACUGGGAGGCUGCUAAGAGGGUGUUACGCUACUUGUGCAGUACAUCGGGCAUGGGGCUCGUGCUUGGAGGAUGGGGUGACGUUGUCCUCACUGGACACUCAGACGCGUCUUGGGUUGACGACCUGGCUACACAGCGGUCGUCACAGGGUUACACGUUCAGCCUUGGCUCUAGCUUUGGUUCUUGGCGGUCUACGCGCUCGUCUUCUGUUCUCAGCUCCAGUUGUGAGGCUGAGAUCUACGCCACAGCCAUGGUUGCACAGGAGUUACGCUGGCUCACCUACCUGUUGACCGACAUGGGGGAGAUGCCUCGUUCUCCUCCAGUUUUGUACGUCGACAACAAGGCUGCUAUUACCUUGUGUCAGGAGCACAGACUGGAGCACAGAACGAAGCACAUCGCUCUGCGUUACUUCCUUGCUCGAGAGUUGCAGUAG